UCAAUUCUCGUUAACGUUCGGUGGAUGUCGGUUGCUGCUUUGCUAGUUGCAAGAUUUGGUGUCAAAGCGUGCUAAAACGAAGCGGAAACUAGUAUGCUUAGUGAUGUAAUUCGCAUAUUUAUCAAGGUUUUGGCUAUGGCGUUCAAAACGUGGACGACUGAAUACAAAAUCCUUCCUUCACGCUAUGGAAUACUAGCUGGUGUAAAUGUGCAUCUAUUUUGAGCCAACCUUACAGUAGGUAUAAAUCGUGCACGCCUUUGAAUGCAUAUAGGAAGUAAGCUGUAACACUGUUUCUAAGCAGAGAGAAUUAAAGAUGUUCGUCGACUGGAGUAUAGUGAAUGCACAUCCUUUGAUGCGCCGAGAAUCUUUGGUUGGCGCAGGAGAUCGUGUGAAUUAUGUCAAUUUGCCUCAUGUUAUUGCUAUGGUUGGCUUGCCAGCUCGUGGUAAAACCUAUAUUGCCAAAAAGUUGACUCGUUAUUUGAAUUGGAUUGGUAUAACUACAAGAGUUUUCAAUGUUGGGGAAUAUCGGCGACAGGCAACUGAAGCAUAUAGAAAUCAUGAAUUUUUUAAUCCUGACAACAAAGAAGCAAUGGCUAUCAGAAACAAAUGUGCUUUAGAUGCUCUUGAAGACAUGUGCAAGUGGCUCGAACAAGAUGGAGAAGUAGCUGUGUAUGAUGCUACAAAUACCACAUAUGAGAGAAGGAAAUUAAUUUAUGAUAUAGUUUGUGAAAAAUUCGGGUGUAAAUUGUUCUUUGUGGAAUCAACCUGUGAUGAUCCUAGUAUAAUUGAAGCUAAUUUAAAGGAAGUAAAAGUGCAUAGCCCAGACUAUAAAAAUCGAAAUGUAGAUGAAGCACUUGACGACUUUAUGUCUAGAAUAGAGCAUUAUAAGAAAGUAUACCAGCCUUUAGAUGAAGUCAUCGAAAGUAAAUAUUCCUUCAUGCAAGUUUAUAAUGCUGGGCAGAAAGUGUUCGUGCAUAGGCAUGAAGGACAUAUUCAAAGUAGAAUUGUAUACUAUCUGAUGAACAUCCACAUAAUUCCACGAUCUAUUUACUUGACUAGACAUGGCGAAAGUGAAUUCAAUGUUUUAGGGAAGAUUGGAGGAGAUUCUGAAUUAUCAGAAAGGGGUUGGGAGUAUGCAAGAACACUUGCUAAAUACAUUAAAGAACAAAAUAUCCCAAGAUUAAGAGUAUGGACUAGUUUACUAAAACGUACUAUUCAGACAGCUUCUGGAAUUGUAGCUCCACAAGAACGCUGGAAGGCUUUAAAUGAAAUUGAUGCUGGUAUCUGUGAGGAAAUGACAUAUGAGGAAAUAAGGGAAAAGUAUCCUCAAGAAUUUGCUUCUCGUGAUGAAAAUAAAUUUAAAUACAGAUAUCCAAGAGGAGAGUCAUAUGAAGACCUGGUGUCCAGAUUAGAGCCUGUUAUAAUGGAGUUGGAAAGACAAGAAAACGUCUUAGUAGUUGCUCAUCAAGCAGUUUUAAGGUGUCUACUUGCCUACUUUUUGGAUAAAAAAGCUGAAAUUCCUUACCUGAAGGUUCCUUUGCAUACAAUUCUGAAGUUGACACGUGCUGCUUAUGGCUGUGAAGUUGAAGAGAUCCGGGUGCCCAUUGAUGCUGUGGAUGAUCAUCAACUCAUCUAAACAUAUUUUUAAAAACUUGGACUAAAGUGCCUUACAGUUUUAUAAUACUGCAUAGCUUUAUAGCAUAUGUAUUAGCGAUAAAAACUUCAGAGUUUGAAUUUCAGAGAAUUACUUUUUCAUCAUGUAUAUAGAAUGAUAUGAGUAAAUUUACUAGUAUUAUGCAUUUGAAUUUUUUAAUAGUUUGCUGUGUGUUGUUAAUAUUACUUUUACUAUUUUUUCUUUGCAAAUGAUUACCAUGCCAAGGUAAAAUUUAUGUCAAGAUUAUGACUGAUAUAUCUAUCAAGUGUGCUUUCAAUCAAUUUCAUAAAAAUUUUAAUGUUAUGUAACAUGAAGUUAUAUUAUUUAUGAAGAAUAACAAUUAAGAAAAUUUGUAUAUGUUUGCAAGUUUUUCUUAAUGGUUCUUCAUACUAAAAAUUUAGAGAGUUGCUAUAAUUCUUUCCUAAUUUAUGCUGAAACUUUAUGCGUUUGAAAAAAUUAGUUAUUAAUGGUAUGACUAAUAUUGAGAUUUUAAGUUUUUUUACUU